AUGUCUCAAUCGUAUGUUGCUUUGAAAAUUGUUAAACACGCUGCUGAAAACUAUCCUCAAACCGUUGCAGGUCCAUUAUUAGGUGUUGAUUUACAAACUGGUUUAAUUAAAAUCACACAAUCAUAUUCAUUCCCAUAUACAAAUGAAGAUGGUACACCAUUACGUAUAAGACAUAAUGUUAGAUUUCAAGAUGAUUUAUUAAAUCAUUUUAAAGAAACCAAGAGUGCUGUUUCCAACUUGGGAUGGUAUCAAUCUUCACAAAAUGGGAAUUUUAUUAAUGAAUAUGUCUUGGAUAGUUUAGCCUCGAUUCAAUUGAAAAAUAAUAAUUCAUUUUUAUUAAUUCAUGAUUCUUCCAAGGCAAGAUAUGGUGUUUUAAGUUUAAGAGCUUUUAGAUUAAGUGAAGCAUUUAUUAAAGUUUUCAUUAAAAAUGAUUAUAAAAUUGAAUCAAUUAAUGAAAUUGGUUUAACAUUUGAUAAUAUCUUGGAGGAAAUUCCAAUUCAAAUUCAUAAUAAUCAUUUAAUUUCAUUAUAUUUAGCCGGUUUAGGUUCAACACAUUUCAAUAAGACUGAUCAAUUAUCAACAAGUUCAAAUAAAACAAAAAUUACAGAACAAAGUGUUGAAAAUUUAAUUGAAAAUGUUGAUGAAUUAAGUAAUUUUUAUUAUCAACAAUAUAAGAAAAAAAAUCAAAAUUCAAAUGAAUUAACUUUACAAGAAUGGUUACCAAUUACUGGUGGUAUAAAUUAUACAAGUGAAGAUGUUCAACAACAAGUUUUAACUCAAUUUUUAACUGAUUCAUCAAUAAGACCAUAA